AUGAGCGAGACCGACCGACAUCAAUCGCUUGAGAGCUUGGGACGGUCGCCCGAGCAUGGCAAGUCGCUCGGCUUCCCGGUGAGCCGGAUUGGGGGGAUCCCAAUAGUCCUCGAGCUGGUCCUGGGCACUCCCAUGCUUUCUAGGUUGUCGUUCGCCAGCCUCGACCGCCUCCUGCCACAAGGUUCCUCGCUCACCAGCCUUCCACCUCAAAAGAAGCGCGCGCGAGAAAUUCAGGGACUGCAGCGGACGUUGACCCCUAGCAAAUUGUCGGCAAGUACACUUGGGAAACAUGAGGAGUUCUUGCCAGGCAUGCCUGUGUUGCUGCUUCUUAACAGAAUCCCCACCCGAAACGUCCCAAGCAUGGUCACACGAACUCUCCAAGACUCGUGCGAGACACUUACCAUAUUCCUCCCUUGCCAAAGCAAUCAGCGACGAAGGAAGGCUUUCCUUCGUGGAGAUAUGAGUGCAAAAAAUCUCUUCGAUGGAGGGGAGCGGAAUACGUUCAUCCCCCGCAAUGCCCAAACGCGCCUCAACCAAGUCCUGUCCCUGCAAACGCCGCCAACAACGCGAGUGGACACCCCCGUGGAACCGCAAACUAGCACUACGAUGGCAUCCCCGACAUAUCCCAAGGUUUCUAUCAGCGAGCCAUUUGGCGGGAGGACUUCCUCUAAGAUCUCCUGCCAAGUGAAGAUCCACAUGGGCUCGUACCGCGUCUUGAUUAUUCCAUCCCGCCCCACCUGCACCGAAGCUACGCGAACAGCCAGUGACAGGACAAUGGAACAUCUGCCGUGA